AUGGCCAAACCGCCCAUCUCCACAGUGGAACUUGUCAAUGCUGGAAUGUCAGUGGCGGAUCAGCGGCAGCACAUGGAAGAUGGACAUGCUUGGCGCGAAGGUUUGCUAUAUCCUUUGCACUGCGUCUGGCCUAUGGGAUUUUCUUGGUCUUCUUACAUAGCCCAAGAAGAGAUGCUGAGCGUUUGUCAAGAUGCUGGCAUACCAACUUCAUCUCUCUUGGCUUGUGAUUGCGUGACACCUACAUCGUUUGAGCUUGUUGCUGCGGUGGCCACCGAUGAUGUCAUGAUUUUCAGCGACGCUGGCCCUGGUACCACCUGUGAAGCAGCAAGAGCUUUCGAUGCAGCGAUGGAUGCACGAUGCGCAGUCCGAAAUCUUAAGAAGGACGUUGACGACGCGCUCUGUGGUACCUGUGUUGGGGUUGACUUAGUAGACGGAUACUUUCUGGAUGUGCCGGGGGGACGCUACUUGGCCAUGAUUCUGACAUUUCUGCACCUGCACAGAUGCAGGGUGGGCACGCCGCGGCAGGUCCACCAGCUCUUUGGGGUGCUGCAAUGGUUUGACCUCCUGAUCAGGCCAAAGCUAUCCGUUUACAGUGCCAUCUAUGAUUUCACGAUCAGUGACAGUCCUGAUGCUGUACCGCUGCCUGAGCGGGUGUUGGCGGAGCUGGCGUGCAGCCUCUGUCUGGGCAUGUUUUGGCGCUGCGACUUGAGAAGGCGUUUUUUGCCGAUGCUUGGUGCAACAGAUGCCAGCUUAUCCUAUGGUUUGGGGGCAAGCAUUGUGCGUGCCUCGGAAGAAAUGGUCCGAACGGUUGCUCGCUGGGCUGAAAAGCAAGGGGCUUUUGUAGUUAUGGACGGUGAUGCUGCGAAAAGUUUGAGCGCUGAGCGGAUGCUGGAGGCACGGUACCUCAAUUUGAAGCUUGAGCACUUUUCCGACAUCUUCAGUGUUCGCUCCAAAUUUCCUGCACACAUCAACGUCCUGGAAGGUGAGGCAUUCGUGCUUUUCUUGAAGUGGCUUCUGCGGUCCACCAAGCACCACUCGACAAGAGUUGUUGUUCUGCUUGACUCUGCAGUUUUUCUGGGCGCGGCCGCGAAAGGGAGGUCAUCUUCACAGUUGAACAGGCUGUUGCGGAAGGUCGCUUCUCUGGCGAUGGCUGGAAAUCUUCAGCUGCAUUUUAUCUUUGUCCCCUGCAGCGAAAAUCCAGCGGAUUUCCCCUCGCGUGGCAAGAAGAGGCCUUGGGGGCGUCCAGACAUUCCACACUGGAUCGUGACCUUGAGCCCGAUUUCCAUGCAUUUGGAUGCGGAGGUUGGAGAAUUGCUCAAGCCCUUCGAGGUGCACAAGAUGAGCAGGGUGUCUGCAAAGGAGGUCAACUUCACCGUGAGCUCAAAGAAGAUCGCAAUAUUGUUCAGGGCCCUGAAUGGCGUACUAGUUGUUGGCCAUCACAAUCUGGAGGUGACUGUGCGCAAAGCAGUUUCAGCCAAGAGGGUUGAACCAGCUGUUGGUGGCCUACAAGUUCAUCAGCCGAUGGUUGCUAAAGACAGCACGAAGUCAUCGAUGUUGCAAUUCCGUUCCGAUGAAAUGCCACAAGAAGCCAGUGCGGAAGAGAUGGCAGCCAGCGCAAAGCCAUGGAUGUCGCAAUUCCGCUUCCAAGGAAUGCCACAAAAAGAAGAUACCAGUACCGAAGAGAUGGCAGUCAGCAAGAAGUCAUCGAUUUCGCAAUUCCACUCCGAAGGAAUGCCACAAGAAGAAACCAGUGAGAUGGCAAAGUCACUGCUGUGGCAGCUACUCUCUGAAGGGAUGGUACCCAGGUGA